UUCGAGGCCCCCUCCAAAACUACAAACACCCAAACUCUCUCUCUCUCUCUCUCUCUAUCUAUAUAACAAAAUCCCCACCAAAAGAAAAGAAGAGAGAGAAAGAGCUGUUAACACCAACAAGGGAUCGAUAUGGAUAGGUCGUCGAGCAUCAACAAGAAAACCGACGGGGACGAAACCCAUCGGAACGAAGAACAACGUGUAAACACCAACAACAACGACGACGACGAUGAUGUCAAAGGUGCAUCGACAGAGAAGACGUUCGAGGGUACGGAGGUGCCGACGUGGCAGAAGCAGCUGACAGUGAGGGCGUUUGUAGUGAGCUUUGUAUUGGGAAUUCUAUUCACAUUCAUAGUUAUGAAGCUGAAUCUCACCACCGGUAUUAUCCCUUCCCUCAAUGUUUCCGCCGGUCUUUUGGGUUUCUUCUUCGUCAAGACUUGGACAAAAUUUCUCGAAAAAUCGGGGCUUUUGAAACAGCCUUUUACAAGGCAAGAGAACACUGUUAUUCAGACCUGUGUUGUUGCCACCUCCGGCAUCGCCUUCAGCGGUCAGUUCUCUAACAAUCUUUUUGGUAUGAGUGAAAUAAUUGCAAAACAAACAACCGAAGCUAACAACUCUCAAAAUAUUAAGAACCCAUCGCUUUCGUGGAUGAUCGGUUUCCUCUUUGUCGUCAGCUUCUUAGGCCUCUUUUCUGUCGUCCCUCUUCGUAAGAUAAUGAUAAUAGAUUUCAAACUGAUAUAUCCGAGUGGCACAGCUACUGCGCAUCUAAUCAAUAGCUUCCAUACUCCUCGCGGAGCCAAGCUAGCAAAGAAACAAGUGAGAGCAUUGGGGAAAUUCUUCUCCUUCAGCUUUCUGUGGGGUUUCUUCCAAUGGUUUUUCACUUCAGGCGACGGAUGCGGAUUUGUCAACUUCCCUACUUUUGGUCUUAAAGCAUACGACAACAGGUUUUACUUUGAUUUCUCGGCAACGUACGUGGGAGUAGGCAUGAUAUGCCCCUACCUUAUCAACGUAUCGUUGCUAAUCGGAGCUAUCCUUUCAUGGGGUAUAAUGUGGCCACUCAUAUGGAACAGAAAAGGCGAUUGGUUCUCCGCCGAGUAUAAAUCGAGCAGCCUCCACAGCUUGCAAGGUUACAGAGUCUUCAUAGCUAUAGCAAUGAUCCUAGGCGACGGCCUUUACAACUUCAUCAAAGUCCUCGGCCGCACCAUGUACGGAUUGUACAACCAAUUCCAAGAAAAAAAAGCGAAACUCGUUCUCCCCGUAGAUAACCACUCGACAUCUCCCUCAAAUACCCCCGCUCUAUCGUACGACGAUCAAAUAAGAACCCGACUUUUCCUCAAGGACCAAAUCCCAACAUGGAUCGCAAUCACCGGCUACUUAACCAUAGCGGCAAUCUCCACCGCAACUCUACCGCACAUUUUCCCACCGCUCAAGUGGUACUACAUUAUAGUCAUAUACAUAUUCGCACCCGCUCUAGCCUUCUGCAAUGCUUACGGUUGCGGUCUCACCGAUUGGUCGUUGGCUUCCACUUACGGGAAAUUAGCCAUAUUCGUGAUCGGCGCGUGGGCCGGUGCGUCCCACGGCGGGGUACUCGCGGGGCUUGCGGCGUGCGGUGUCAUGAUGAAUAUAGUCUCCACUGCCUCCGACCUAACACAAGACUUCAAGACCGGGUACAUGACGCUAGCCUCACCAAGGUCAAUGUUCAUUAGCCAGAUAAUCGGAACCGCUAUGGGUUGCGUUAUUUCGCCGUGCGUGUUUUGGCUAUUAUACAAAGCAUUCCAUGAUAUAGGGAUAGAGGGCUCGAAGUAUCCCGCACCGUAUGCUAGCGUGUACCGGAAUAUGGCAAUUUUGGGGGUGGAGGGGGUUUCUGCUUUGCCGAAGAAUUGUCUGACGCUUUGCUACGUGUUCUUUAUCGGGGCCGUUGCUAUAAACGGGAUUAGAGAUGCGGUUGGGAAGAAGUGGUCGAGAUUUAUUCCUCUUCCGAUGGCGAUGGCGAUCCCUUUCUAUAUUGGAGGGUAUUUUACUAUUGAUAUGUGUGUUGGGAGUUUGAUACUAUUUGUGUGGGAGAAGAUUGACAAGGCGAAGGCGGAUGCGUUUGGACCUGCGGUAGCUUCGGGAUUGAUAUGCGGAGAUGGGAUAUGGACGUUGCCUAGUUCUAUAUUAGCUUUGCUUGGUGUGAAUCCACCCAUUUGCAUGAAGUUUCUUUCCGGAAAGGCUAAUGCAAGGGUUGAUGCUUUCUUAGCUGGUUGAUACAUAAACUUGUGUUUUUUUUUUCUCUUUCUUUUACACGUUUCCUUGUAUCAGAUAUUUCAUAGAUAAUUUCAUGGACAGAGUAACAUUGUCCAUGUAAAUAUGUUUCAUCAAUGUUUGCUAUUGCAGUAACGUUGUCCAUAUCAUAUUGUACUAUUGUACUGUCGAUGGUUUUAUGAUGGUGUUGGGAAGAAUUUUCUUAUAAUAAAUUGAUACUUGAUAAUUG